CCUGACUGCUUGUGGUUCUCUGUGCUUGUCAGGCAGCUCUAGCUGACUGGUAAUGAUAGUUUGUCUCUUGGAUGUAGCUGUGGCUUGGUGUGAACUGCUUGCUGCACAAGUUUCACUGGUUUGGUUGAGAUCAGAUCUGUAAAUCUGCGCUGUAGCUUCAAGGAGAAGAGGAAAGUCAGUCCCUGUGAAGGUGAGGGGAAAGAAGGGUGUCAGGAUACCUAUGAAUGAGCUGUGAUGGAUAACAAAGACCCAGAAGCUGAGAUCCACCCUCUGAAGACUGAGGAUGUAAAAGUUCAAGAGAACCAUGAGAACUCUGUGGAGAGAAGAAUAGUGAACAAGCAGUCAUCGCAGCUGUCCCGGCUGUCCCGCUGGCGCACUGCCGCCUUCUUCAUCUCAUUAUUUCUGUGCCUCAUCAUUGUGUUUGCUUUCUCCUUUAUCAUUCCUUGCCCAGAGAGACCAGUUUCAGAAAGAACAUGGUUCCGAAACUACAACCAUGCAGUGGCCUACCAGUUUCUUGCCAUACAAGAUGUGAAUGAAGACAAAGUGCAAGAUGUUGUCUUUGCAUUCAAAGCUAGCAAUGGCAGCAGCAGCUUCAACAGAUCCUGUCUGGAUGAAGGUCUGCCUUCUCCAUGUGCCUUCAUUGCUGCUGUAUCUGGCACCAACGGGAGUGCGCUGUGGGAGAGGCCUGCUGCCGAGGAAGUGGAGUGGCUGGAGUGUGGCAUCAAGCAGCUCGGGGGGCCUAAGGCCCUGGGAUGCCUGGUGGUGGGGAAGCCAGUGUCUCUCACAGCAGUUGACCUGCACACAGGGGAAAUUCAGUGGAGACAUUCCAGUGAUUUUGGAGCUAAUUAUACUGUGCUGACUCCUGUGGCAGUGAUUCCAGAUGUGGAUAGUGAUGGAGUUCAGGACCUGAUAAUCUUCAUUGCUACAGGAGAUAAGAUUAAGACAUUCAUCCAUUCAGGAAAAAAUGGCAAACAGAUUGGCUCCACUGAAAGCCUGGCUGUGGAUGGGAAACCUCGUUAUAUCAUGCUGAACCUGGUCUCCUCCUCCUACUUUCUUUUCUAUACAGAAAACUCUCUCUAUGCGUAUUCCCUGAAAGAUCUCUACAGUGCAGCAACUGGGAUGGAAAUUAAGCUUCCCAGCUUUCAGCAAGAUCCUCAGUGGGAGAAGAACAUUGACAGCACUACGCACCGCUUGUCCCUUCUCAGCUUUGGGGACAUCCAUUACCUGGCAAAAAUUCCUGGGCAGUCACGGGAGAACAUCCUGGUUGUAAACUCGGACAUGGCUACGCUGAUCAAUGCACACAAUCUGCAGACUUUGUGGACUCUCAACGUGUCCCGUGUUGUGAGUGAGCCGCUGCUUGGUUACUACAAACCUGAUGUUCUUGGUAUUGUCCUUGAGAGUGAAAUCGGACCCAACAGGAAGAAGGUUAUGGUUGUUGAGAGUGGAUCUGGAACAGUCCAGUGGAACCUGAAGCUAAACUCAAGAGCAGAGAGCCCUGGGCCAGCCACACUUCCUACUGCUGAUCACCGGUCCACCUUCCUCAUCUGGGGUGAAUACCAGGUGCCAGGAAAUGAAACAAGAUCCAAAGCUCCUCUCCAGAAGCUCUAUCUUUUCCACCCCUCCUACACUAAUGUCCUGUUGGAGCUCCGCAAUAGCACAGACCAAAUAAUUGCAUUUGAUGCCCUGCUGUUCGAGCGGAGCCGUCACGCCUGCUAUGUGCUGCUGCGGGGCCCUCAGCCCAGUGAGGAGCCAGGGACGGUGUCCCUGAUGAAGCGUAAGCUGAAGGAGGAUGUGUCUGGGAGCAGGGUGAUCUGGCUGAGCCAGGUGGCUGUGGACAGCGAGCAGUACAUCCGGGACCGCCUCUACAGGAUGCGAUUCCAGAGCCGAGUGUGAGCUGGCCGAGGGAGGGGGAGAGGCUGGCCAGGGCCAGGUGUCUCCACACUGCCUCUCCUCUGCAGCCGUGCUCUUGGCAAACCCAGAUCACGGAUUCAAAUGGGAAGCUGCCUUUCUUGAUCUGCAAACCAAAGUGUGGCUGGUGGGGAAGCACCCCCAGUGUCUGGGUAUGUCCAGGCCUUGGGGGCAGCUGCCAGUGCAUCUGUCCUCAGAGCUGAUGUCCUCAGUGCUUGGUGACCACUGAAGUGCUGUCAGCUCGGGGAAGAGGGCUUUCCCCUUGAUCCUUCUGUGCCCGCAGAACUGUGCUGACUCAGCCUGUGUCUGGAGGAAAGCAUGUGCUUGCUGGGGAUGCCAGAGUUUAUUAUUCCUUGGGUGCUUGUGUGAGAAGUGGAGCUUCAGUUUGUGGUGUUAGGUGUCCUUUCUGAGUCAGCUCUCCUGGCGUGGGAGAGGUGCUUGGCUGCAGGUUGGUUUGCAAUCACCCUCUCGUGGAUUUGGGCCCCUGCUUUGGUAGUCAUGGGAUGUGCAUAGUGAUAGACCCCAGCGGUGGUGAGGUGUCACCCAGGCCAGCAAAGUGCAGGUUAAACUGUCAUUCUACUUAGAAAAUGGCCUGUUCUCCUAAGAACAGCCCUGUGUGUCCUACUCUGCAGUCACAAACCUACUUGUGUCUGUCUCCUCUGCUGCUUCCUUUCCAGCCUGGCUGUGCAGUGUUGGUGACACAGAAAGGGAGCUGGUCUCUCACCUGAUUCAUUCAUCAGUGUUCCUCCCUGCCUCAAAUCUGAUUAUAAGUGGUAUGAAAACCACCCUUAGCCCAGGCUGGCUCGUCCCUGCUGGUUCAGACAUGACCUCUCUUGCUGGCUUUGAGGUGUCAGAGGAUGUAGGACCUUAUUUUCAGAGUAGAAUUGCAUAUUAACCUUCCCUGGGAGCUGGGCUUGCCACUGUCGGAGCCCUGUACCCCAGAGGCAGUGCCAGCUGCCCUACAAGUACUCAUUCAGCCUUGCAGCUGCUAAGGAGCCAUCUCCAAGCACUCUCCCCACUGCCAGGAGGUGGGCAAGCUCUGACUGCACGGGGAAACAGCACAAGUUCUCUUUGCAGCACAGCCCCAAAGAGAGCUCCAUGCCCUUGGAACUGAAGUGAUGCUGGGUGAGGAUCUCUGUCAGCUGGGUGCUGUUCUUUCUGUCCAGCCUGGUAGCCUGAGGGAAUGGAACAGGUUGCUGAGUAAAGGUGACAUCUCCCCUGGAGACUUCUGUGGCUCAGUGUCUUUGCUUUUCCUAGUGGGAUCUGGUAUGGAAUGUGGAAACAACAGCCUGGAAGGAAAGGUCUGAAUUGGCUGCUCAGCCCUGGAAAGCUGCAGUCACCACAUCAGCUGCUCUGAGACAUGGGCCCUUCAGCUCUCCCAGUCCUGCAGCAAAACAAGCUGCAGCAUCAGUGGUCAGCCUGGACACUCACUUCCUGCUUCCAGCUGGCCUAAAGGGUGCCUUGGCUCCCUCUGCCCUGUGAGCCAUAUCUCAGGCAGUUAAGAGAGCCAUGUGGGGUGAGUGCUGCUGGUCUCUGCAGUCCUGGCUGUGCAGGAACCUGGGGAUGCUCCCUGGAGAGCACUCAAAACCUUCAGAGCCCCCUGGACUCAAACCGGUGGGUUUUCCCUAUGUUUCUCUCUGUCCAGGCUGUUCCCUGCAGAAACCUGGGGGUGCAGGGAUGUUUUCCUGCUGUGUCCCCCAGCUUAAGUUGCCUCUUUGCUCAGCAGAAUAAAGAUCUGAAGUGCAGCAGCCCCACAGGUCCUUGUGCCAGCUUUGCAGGGAUCAGAGGGCUGUGCCAGUGCUGCACAUCCUGGGUUGUGAGAGCUGGGUUCAGCCUGUCCUUCAGGGGCAGAGCCAGGAGCAUGGCUGUGGGAGCCCCAGGCUGAGUGCAGUCUGAUCUGAGUGUUGGAUGCGGAUUGUAUCCCACUGAAAUUCCCCGGGCAGGGAGCAAGGUGCCCGGGCUGUAUGCUCACUGCAUUUGCACUGUAGUGGCACUCUUCCUCCUCCCAUCCCUACCUGGACCUGACCUUUCCCAUAGGCACACUGAAUGUUGCUUCAGGAAAGAUGGAUUUUCGGCUUUGGGGGGGCUUUUCUGGCUUUAAGUUCAUUAAUGUUUCCAGAUACUCUGGAAACACAGAUUUCCCUGUGGCAGCUCAAUUAAACUCAUCAGUGCCAAAACAGCACCUUCUUAACAAAAAAAGUCCUUUUUCCAGCUUGUUUCCCAGUGUAAUUGUUUCUUUGCAGUAUUUAAUGAAUGACUUUGUGCCUUGAUUCAAUAACUCAGAUGGGUGAUGAUGGCAUAUAUCACUGUGUUACGUAUUAGUGUGGUUUUUAACACUAAGACUGUUUGGUUUGGUUCUUUAACUUAUUGCAAAUUGUGCCCUGUAGGACUUGGUCUAACUGAAUGGUUCCAAUAAACCCUCUUUUGCAUUGUUUGUAAA